AUGGGUGAUUUACCCACUCAGCGUAUAAAUCCUCCACGCCGACCAUUCCUCGCAACGGGUGUGGACUACACUGGAGCCAUUGAACUUAAGGCUUCCAGAUACCGUGGGCAUACUAUUUACAAAAGCUAUAUUACAAUAUUUAUCUGCCUAGAAACCAAGGCAAUCCAUUUGGAAGCGGUCACUGGAAUGACAACCGAACAUUUUUUGUGGGCUCUACAGCGUUUUAUCGGCCGUCGUAGACUUUGUAAUGAUUUAUACAGCGCCUGUGGAACUAAUUUUAUGGGAGCUAACGCAAUUUUAACUACGAACCAUCAACGGUGCAAGGAAGAUGUAGAGCGUGAAAUCGUUCCAAAACUAGCUGAGCAAAGCAUCAAUUGGCAUUUUAAUCCGCCACAUUCGCCCAAUUUUGGUGGACUAUGGGAAGCCAAUGUCAAAUCGAUAAAGUAUCACCUAAAGCGUAUCGUAGGAGGUACUAAGCUAACAUAUGAGCAGCUAUCUACGGUCUUAGUUCGUAUAGAAGCCUGCCUCAAUUCAAGGCCGCUGUGCCCUCUCACCUCAGAUCCCGACGAUCUUUUCGUUCUAACACCCGGAUAUUUCUUAAUCGAGAGUAAACCCAUCUCAGCUCAAUAUAUUAAAUUACAACGUUUAGUGCAGCUUUUUUGGUCCAAAUGGAAGACGGACUGUCUUUCGCACCUCCAAGCACGACUUAAGUGGAAACACGAAGAGCCAAACCUCUCCGUUAACGAACUUCUGCUAGUAAAGGAUGAGCGAUUACCACCAAAUCAAUGGAUGUUGGGACGUGUUGUAGAACUGCAUCCUGGAUCAGAUAAGCUA